CGACCGGAGAGCGUGAGGAGGGGUCCAUCUCUCCUUCUCUUCGCACAGCAUCUGGCAGACUUGAAGGGUGCGAAUGGGCAGAGCAGAACUUCUAGAAAGAAAGAUGAGCGCUCAGGAUCCCUCAGAUUUGUGGAGCAGAUCGGAUGGGGACGCUGAGCUGCUCCAGGACUUGGGGUGGUAUCAUGGCAACCUCACGCGCCACGCGGCGGAAGCGCUUCUCCUCUCUAAUGGACAGGAUGGAAGCUACCUUCUGAGAGACAGCAGUGAGCACACUGGGCAGUACUCUCUCUCUGUCAGAGCCAAAGACUCAGUCAAACACUUCCAUGUUGAAUAUACCGGAUAUUCAUUUAAAUUUGGCUUUAAUGAAUAUUCAUCUUUAAAAGAUUUUAUCAAGCAUUUUGCCAAUCAGCCUUUGGUUGGAAGUGAGACAGGUACUCUGAUUGUCCUGAAACAUCCCUAUCCAAGGAAAGUGGAAGAACCUUCCAUCUAUGAAUCGGUACGGGUUCACACUGCCAUGCAGACAGGAAGGACGGAAAGUGACCUCGUGCCCACAGCGCCUUCUCUGGGCACAAAGGAAGGCUACCUCACCAAGCAGGGAGGCCUGGUCAAGACCUGGAAAACAAGAUGGUUCACUUUGCACAGGAAUGAACUCAAAUACUUCAAAGACCAAAUGUCACCAGAACCAAUUCGGAUCCUUGACCUAACAGAGUGUUCAGCUGUACAAUUUGAUUAUUCACAGGAAAGGGUAAACUGUUUUUGUUUAGUAUUUCCAUUCAGGACAUUUUAUCUCUGUGCAAAGACAGGGGUAGAAGCUGACGAGUGGAUCAAGAUUCUUCGAUGGAAGAUGUCACAAAUAAGAAAACAGCUCGACCAAGGGGAAGGCACAAUCCGAUCUCGGUCCUUCAUCUUUAAGUAGAUUUUUCUUGCCGAGGAGGGCUCGGACAGGGCAGAGAGGAACGCUCCUGGUGCUGUGGUCCAUGGGAGGCUUCAGAUGCAAGCUCACUAAGGAUUUUCUUUUAAAAAAUACAUCAAAGCAGAUGGUGACUGGGAACAUAAAUAGUGUUUACAAGACUCAUGGAAAGCAGCUGUCCUUGACAAUGUCUCCUUGAAACCACCCUGCAAUGCUUGCGGUUCUGAUGGAAACUGAUUAACUACCACUCUGAGGUCUGCUCUGGCUCAAAGCGCACCACAAAGAACCAAGUACCUUUGUUGUCACUCAGGGUGUCCCAAGGUUGUUGACAUUAGUUGCCCCCAAGUCACUGGGUCAGCAAAACUAAUCUCCAGGCUGUGCUGUGAAGCAGGAAGUAAAUAGCCUUUACUGGGGAGGUUCAGACCGUUUUAUGAAAUGUCUUGAGAUAACAAACGUCAAGGAUUUCCAAAUGAGAGGUUGUUUUUGUUCAAAUACAAAAGCCCAAAGUUUCCAAACUAAAAGGAAAAGCUUUGCUGCAUUCAUUUUUCUCCUUUUAAAAAGCUUAGAAGUCUUUCACUUCUAAUGAUAAUACUAUGUAUGAAGUAACUGCCCUGUGGACUGUUAGGACAAUAAAGGAAAAUGAAUGCACAA